CGCAUUAAAUAACGCACAAAACAGGGCACUUAAAAGAAACAAACAUGGGCAAAGUUGGAAAAGUCUCGACGGCGGCCAAACUGGUCAGAAUCUCUUACUACGACCCCGACGCUACCGACGGCUCCUCCGCCGACGACGACGAAAACGCCGAUCAUCCACACCCCCACAACAACAAGACGAUGAAGAAAAAGAAGACAAAGACAGUCCACGAAGUUGCUCUCCAAACUGAUCGUCGCCACCGUCAACCACCCAUCAGAAUGAAGAAGCUUCCCGGAGUCCGUCGCCGGAAAUCGGGAAAAUUCACCGCCGAAACUAGGGAUCCAUUUAAGAAGAAACGAAUUUGGCUAGGGACUUUCGAUACCGCCGAGGAAGCUUCCAUGGUCUAUCUCUCGAAGCAGAGUGAAAUCGACGAGAGAUUGAAGAAGAUGAGGAAAUCCAGCGGAAAAAGUUUCUCCGCCGGAAGUUCUUCGAUUUCCGGCAUCGAUGACGACGACGGAAGUCUGAAAUUACCAUUUCCCCCCUCCGAAGCCGACGGGGGAAAGAAAUUGGCCCCGGAAGCCGAGCAAGAUUCCAACUUUGGGUUCUUGAAUGGAGUCCAGGUUAUCGACAAGAAUGGAUUUUUGGUGGGCGAAUUUAGCAAGAUUGAUGAUCUGAGCAUCAGAUUUGAGGAAGACGACGCCGUUUUAUGACCUAAUUAGAAGCUAAUUUAGUUAGUCGGAAAGCAUGAUCUGUAUCUGAUCAGAGGAGUGGAGGUUGAAGAAGACGAUGGGGUAAGAAGGUCAGAAAAUUUUCAGUAGCUGAUGAAGAUUCGAUUUUGUUUCUGUGAAUAUAUUUGUAGUAAUUAAGGAUGGGUUUGUAAUCUAAAUUCAGGAUUGUCUUCCUGCCAUGGCAUGUCUGCAAAUUUUGGGGAUAAGUUGUAUGAAUAUCUGUAGUAUUUAACCUUCCAUUAUGAACUAUAAUAUAUA